AUGAAGAAAGGUGUGCUCACAAACGUGUGGCACAUCCCAAAGUUAUCCAGAAACCUGUUCUCGGUCGGCCGCUUCACCAAGGAUGUCGGCCCAGUGACGUUCACGAAGGAUGGGUGCUAUGGAGAAGCGAAAGGGACCAAGUGGAAAAUUGGUGCCCGUGAAGGUAAAGGACUGUUCAAGCUGCAAAUGACUCCAGUGGCGCCGGAACAAGCAAAUGCAGCCAAGUCGUCGGGAUGUCAAGGGGGCACCAAGUCGUACCUCUGGCACCUUCGGCUUGGCCACAUAGGUCACGAUGGACUCAAUUGCAUCGUGACGAAGAACAUUGGAAUUGGCAUCGACAUAUCUUCGGUGAAGAAGUGGGACGUGUGUGAGAGGUUGUGCUCUGGGAAAACAGACUCGAGUGCGCUUCCAAUCAAACACUACAGCUCGCACCUCCAAACUCCUCGAAGUGAUUCACAGCGACGUAUGCGGACCGAUGUCGAUGGCAACUUUCAGUGGAAAACGAGCAAAUCUGAAGUUGCGGCGAAGUUCAUGGAAUACGCUGCGAUGGCCGAAACGCAAACCGGAAAGCGCGUGAAGUACCUUCAAAGCGACAAUGGGGGUGAAUACAAGUCCGACAAGCUGGCACGAUUCUGCGCGGAACGGGGAAUACAACAAAGGUUCACACCUCCAUAUACUCCUCAGCUAAACGGAGUAGCUGAGAGAAUGAAUCGCACGCUGGUCGAGUGUGCGCGUUGCAUGAUGGAACACGCUGGACUGGGAAAGAGCUACUGGGGUGAAGCAGUGAUUGAUGAACUUUAG